AAAAAAAAAAACUCCCAAAUAAUGGAGGAGAGCCAUUGGACAUUUGCAGAUGUGAGAGAGAGGGGAGAGGAAGUGAGGCAUGGAGAAUCCCAAUGCUCAGUCUAUCAGACAUCACAGCCUACUCUUCACACCCUCUUGUCACCAAUUAUGCUACUAAAUUAAUCCCAUCUAUCCUCCACACAUAGCCCCCCUUUGCAUCUUCUACUCCCAUCAUUCUCUCUUCUUCUUCGUCGUCUUCCCCAGAAAUACAAAACCCUUCUCAUGAUCUGAUUUUCCAAUACCCAAUCAACCUCCAUUCUCUUUUUUAUGGUCAUCAGCAAAAAACCCAGAUCGCAUAAUCAUACUCUAGACCCAAAUUUCAUGAGAGAGGAUCGCACUGAAAUGUCUGAAGACGAUGACCGAUCUCUGCUUUCUGAUUCUGUUACCACUACUGAUUCCGGUUCUACUUCCGGGUCUGGACUCAAUUCUGUACCCGAGUUCCAAGCUCCUUAUCCUGACCAGGUCUUGGAAAAUGUCCUCGAGAACGUUCUCUGCUUCUUGACCUCUCGCCGCGAUAGAAACGCUGCGUCAUUGGUCUGCAGGUCUUGGUACCGUGCUGAGGCGCUCACUCGAUCUGAACUCUUUAUCGGAAACUGCUAUGCUGUUUCUCCGCGACGCGCCACGUCGCGGUUCACCCGAAUCCGGUCCGUAACGUUGAAGGGGAAGCCCCGUUUCGCCGAUUUCAACCUCAUGCCACCCAAUUGGGGGGCCCACUUCGCGCCUUGGGUUUCUGCGAUGGCUAAGGCGUACCCUUGGCUGGAGAAGGUUCACCUGAAGCGCAUGACCGUGACGGACGACGAUCUCGCUCUCCUUGCAGAAUCAUUUUUCGGGUUCAAGGAACUUGUGCUGAUGUGUUGUGAUGGAUUCGGUACUAGCGGGCUCGCUGUGGUUGCUAGUAGGUGCAGACAACUGAGAGUGCUUGAUCUGCUUGAAUCUGAGGUAUCAGAUGAUGAAGUUGAUUGGAUAUCAUUUUUUCCAGAGAGUGAAAUGUGUCUCGAAUCUCUUAUUUUUGAUUGCGUAGAAUGCCACAUCAAUUUUGAUGCAUUGGAGAGGCUGAUUGCACGGUCACCUUCACUGAAGAAACUCAGGUUGAACAGAAAUGUUUCAAUUGGCCAGCUACACCGACUGAUGGUACGAGCUCCGCAGCUCACACAUCUUGGCACAGGUUCAUUUCGACCAUCAGAGGAUGUGGCUGAGGGUGAACAAGAACCAGAUUACGUAUCUGCAUUUUCUGCUUGUGAAUCCUUAGUUUGCCUCUCUGGUUUUAGGGACAUUGUUCCAGACUACUUGCCAGCAAUAUACCCAGUUUGUGCCAAUCUCACUUCUCUGAAUUUAAGCUAUGCGAAUAUCAAUGCAGAACAGCUCAAACCCAUAAUAAGCAAUUGCCAUAAGCUUCAGAUUUUCUGGGUACUUGAUUCAAUAUGUGAUGAAGGACUUCAGGCUGUGGCUGCAACAUGCAAGGAACUCCGGGAGCUGCGGGUCUUCCCUAUUGAUGCCCGGGAGGAUAGCGAAGGCCCUGUUUCUGAAGUUGGUCUCCAAGCGAUUUCAGAGGGUUGUAGAAAGCUUCAAUCUAUUUUAUAUUUUUGCCAGCGGAUGACGAAUGCAGCUGUUAUAGCAAUGUCAAAGAACUGCCCAGAUCUUGUGGUGUUCCGUCUUUGUAUAAUGGGACGCCACAGGCCUGAUCAUAUCACUGGAGAGCCUAUGGAUGAAGGAUUUGGAGCCAUUGUCAUGAAUUGUAAGAAUCUCACUCGGCUUGCUGUAUCAGGUUUAUUGACUGAUAGAGCUUUCAGUUAUAUUGGAAAAUAUGGUAAAACAGUAAGGACCCUGUCUGUUGCUUUUGCUGGGGACAGUGACAUGGGGCUGAAGUAUGUGCUAGAGGGCUGCCCCAGAUUGCAGAAGCUUGAGAUUAGAGAUAGUCCAUUUGGGGAUGCAGCUUUGCUGUCUGGUCUGCAUCACUAUUACAACAUGAGAUUCCUUUGGAUGUCUUCCUGUAAGUUAACACCUGCUGGUUGCCAGCAGAUUGCUCGAGCUUUGCCCCGUCUGGUAGUGGAAGUGAUUAAUCACGAACUCGAUGAGGACAUGGGUAAUUUUGUUAAUACAUUAUACAUGUAUCGAUCUCUUGAAGGGCCAAGAGAUGAUGCACCAAAGUUUGUUUCCAUCUUGUAGGCAUUUGCAGUGCAGGAAGAUGGAUCACAUUUUCUUAUGUUGCCUAUUGGGCAAGUGGCAAGCUUUUUUUUUUUUGUGGGAAUGUUGCAUUCAGAAAGAAUCUGUUCUAUUUGCCUGCAAAGUCUAUAAUUUUUGUGGAGAAAGUUGAGUAAACACCUUCUGUCCUUGUCCUGUGAUGUUGCAAAUAGCAUCCAAAGCAGAAGCUCUAUGAAGGACCAUGAAUUUUUUCUUUGCUUUGGUUCUUUGAGAGGACUUAAUCAAGAAGGGGUUAAUGAGGAAGAUAGAUCUCUACGUUUAGACCACUUGAUCUUGUUUGUGUUGGAUGCUUAUAAAUUUUAUAUGUUUCUUUUUCUUCUAUACUCAUUUGAUGCUAAAUGAGAAGGCUGCCAUAGAAAAGGGAUGAAGGAUGCUUCGCUCAUGAAAAACAUUUUUUUGGUGGGGGAAGGGAGGGGAUUGGAUGAUGUAUCCUCUGAUAUGAAGAAAUCAAAAUAGGUUGAAAAUUGAAAUGAUGUUAGGAAGGUGAAGGAACUUUUCUUUCACCAUAACACUACCAUUAGAGGAGAAUAGAGCAAAAACGAGGAGCAAGCAUUCACUCUUGGGAUGAAGCCAUCUUAUUUUUCAUUCAAAUGGUAGCUAGUCCAUGUUGUAGCUGGUGACUGGUGAGAACUAAAUGCCCAGAUUGAAAUACCCCCCCCUCUCUCUUUCACUCUUACUCUAAAUAUAUCUCUUUGUUAAUGUUUGUUUUCUUAAGAUUUGAUGUUGUAGCCCCUGACUGUUGAAUUUAUAAUUGUUAUUGUUAGCAAUGUUGAGAUGGGUAAUAAAUGCCAAAUAUUCAUAUA